GCCCCUGCAGCUCGUGAAAUUGACCAUGUUCCAGCGGCAGGAUUGACCAGAUUGCGUUUAAUCUAGUUUAAUUAAGACAGAAUAUUAAAAAAUACAACAAAGGGAGCACAGACGCAGAACGGCCCGAGGUUGACGCUGAGCCAGUCAAGAAAGGCCAAGUCUAAGGCUCUUCUCCCUCCUCAAAAGUCCUUGAGAGCCGCCAUAUUUGCUCGACCUCCGAGCUGCCAAACGGCAAUAUGGGAGGCCUUGGUGAUGAGGCAUCCAACCAGCUGACUGACAACCAGAACCAGGAUGAGGAGCCAGCCCAGAACCAGGAGAACGAAGCUGACCACCGGGGCGUCCAGGAGCAUCCGGGAAACAACGCCAAGUGGGUCAAGGAGGGCCAGAACCAGCUGCGCAAGGUGGCUGAGAGACAGCAGGACCAGAACCGCAACCCCAGCCGGAACCACAACCCCAACCACAACCCGAACCAGAAUGCCACUCAGGGGAAACGGUCGGGAGACAGAGAGAAGACCACCUCCAACAAGACCCUGAGGUUUUUGUGCUCUGACCUGGAGUGCAAGAAUUCCGCCAACAAGCCUAUACUCAUUGACAACUUGGUGGCUCUAGAGGGUGAAGAGGACGAAGAGGAUGAGGAGGAGGAGGGAGCGGAAGGAGAGAGGGAGGAUGAGGAAGAGGCGAGGGGGAUGAGGGGGGAGAAGGACACAGACUCGUCCUCUGAGACUCAGAGUAACGGCGAGUCCCGUAAGGAAGGCAGUGGGGGUGGACGGAGUGCCUGUUUGCUGUUUGGCGGUAGGAACGGGGCACCAAGCGAUGAAGACUCCAGCUGGACCUCACUGUCCCAGGACAGCACAGCCAACAGCUCACCAGAUGGAGAGACAGAGACCUUCUGGGACCGCAGCGCGUUUGAGACGGACACAGACCUGCCUGCCGGGUGGAUGCGGGUUCGAGACACCUCGGGCACCUACUACUGGCACAUCCCCACCGGCACCACUCAAUGGGAGCCUCCCUCGCCCCUGGAAGGCGGGGCCCCAGAUAGGCCCUCCAGCACGUCUUCGGCAACCACGCCCAGCGAGGAGCCGCAGGAAGGGGAUGUUGUCCCCGACCAGAGCCUGAAGGAGUUUGAGGGAGCCACUCUGCGCUACGCCUCCAUCAACCUCAGCUGCUCUCUCUCAGAGGAUGAGGAGAAGCAUAGCUCUGUCAGCACUGACCUGGAGGCCAAGCAGUGCUUCGCCGUGCGCUCUCUGGGCUGGGUGGAGAUGUCUGAGGAGGACAUGGCUCCGGGCAAGAGCAGCGUCGCCGUCAACAACUGCAUCCGGCAGCUCUCCUACCACAAGCAGAACCUGCACGACUCGGCCGGCAUCUGGGGCGAGGGGAAGGACAUGCUUCUGGUUCUGGAGAACGAGACGCUGAAGCUGAUUGACCCGCUGGGCCAGACCCUGCUGCACUCGCAGCCAAUUGCCAACAUUCGUGUGUGGGGCGUGGGCCGGGACAACGGAAGGGAGAGGGACUUCGCCUAUGUGGCCCGCGACAAGCUGACCCACGUCCUCAAGUGUCACGUGUUCCGCUGUGACACUCCCGCCAAGAACAUCGCCACCAGCAUGCACGACAUCUGCUCCAAGAUCAUGUCGGAGAGGAAGUCGUCCAAAUCAUGUCUGAGCAGGCUGAAUAUUGACCCUUCCAAGCUCGUAGACAUUCCUGUCCAAGAGUUCCCUGCUCCAAAGAAUGAGCUAGUCCAACGCUUCCAUGUGCGCUACCUGGGUAACGUGCCAGUGGCCAAACCUGUAGGUAAGGAACACUUUGGUAUGGACACAGUCAAUCUCGCCCUGGAGAUGGCGCUGACCACCAAAGAGAAACACGAGUGGACGCCCGUCACUGUAAACGUGGCUUCAGCCACGCUGACCAUCCUGGCCAUCGAGACGGAGGAGGUGCUGUCGGAGUGCCGGGUGCGCUUCCUGUCCUUCAUGGGCGUGGGCAAAGACGUCCACACCUUCGCCUUCAUCAUGGCCGAGGGCCCGGGAAACUUCCUGUGCCACAUGUUCUGGUGCGACCCCAACGCCGCCAGCCUGUCGGAGGCCGUGCAGGCGGCCUGCAUGCUGCGCUAUCAGAAGUGUCUGGACGCGCGGCCCCCCAGCACCAGCUCCUGCCUGCCCACCCCCCCGGCGGACUCGGUGGCACGCCGUGUGGGCUCCAGCGUCAAAAAGGGGGUCCAGACCUUACUGGGGAGCUUCAAGCAGAGGCGGUCCGAAGCAGAGACCCCCUGAGGAGGAGACGAGCUUGCUUCCCAGCAGCCACCGGGGUCAUCCCCCCCCCUUCCCACCGUUCUCCCCUCCUCCUUCUCCUUCACAGCGGCAACCCACACGUUCUUCAUCACUGCUGCGUUGCUUUAACACUGUGUCGGCCCUCUCUAACUCAGCGUUAAAGCGACAGGCGAUAUUUCAGUUCUUUCUGACUGCCUUAGCCUCGCCUUGCCCUCUCCAAAAUCAUACGUGACGGGCAAGUGCAGGAAGCCGUUUCUUCAUUUUCGCUGCAGUUAUUAAUCGAUACACAGCUGUGUGUUUGCUUUGAGGGAAAGCUGUGAGGAGUUGUCUGAAUGGAUGGUAGCACUUCUGUGGCAUUCCAUAUUUCCAAAAAUUUGGAAAGAAGGAAGUCAUCUGUGAUUUUAAAGUUCCACAAAAAAACAUGCUAAAUUUUUGUGAACUUUUAAACCCAUUUAUUAUGUCUAACCCCAUCUCUUCAAAUUAAAAUUCGAAGGGUAAGGGUUAGUCUGGAUCACGUGUAUAUAAGUACGUACAAAAACCAUUGCCUAACAUGUUAGUAAAAGUCAGGGUGGAUGUUAAUGAAGAAAGCUGAAGAAAACUAUAAUGUAGAGAGAGAGUACAGAGCUUCUGGGAAUAUCCAAAAAGCUGGAGGGGUCAGGCUGUCGUAAGUGUAACUAAUAAACCUUAGUGUUUUUGUAGUCAUGUCUUGCCUUAUGGUCCUCUGCAGUAGAAAUCUUUUCUGUUAAAAAUCCAGAUGCACACUGACAGAGCAGUAAUGGUUUCGUGACCAUAUCAUACAAGAAAGCAACCUUAGAAAUUUACUAAUAAAAUACAAAGAAAUUUGAAGGUAAGAACAUAAAAAGAAGGAAAAUGCUCUCUGAUGAAAAUGUCUUCUUGCCUGAUUGAAUCGUGUACUUUUCCAUAAGGUUUCCAGGAAUUGGGUUUCAGUUACGCAAAUGUGUGUUCCUCUGCUUGAGUGAAUAAGUUUCUGUACCAUUAACAAUACGCAAGCCAAAAAUAUCUAUAUAUUACUGUCUUCCAAAACAAUCAGUGGUCAUUUGCCAAGUGCUGAGUCUACACAGCAACUGAUGUGAGAGUGAAAUGUUUGGUAUUGAAGUUUCCUGCUUUGACAGUUGUCAGCUGAGUUCUUGCGUGCAGUAAGUUGACCUUCCUGUUGCUCUUGGCAGCAAAGAGAUGUAUGCUGGGAUUUGGAGGCAGUGGGUUCCGAUCACAGGCCAAUGGAACUGCACACACUGUUGUAUGCUGUGGUUCCUGGCGCAGGGGUGGGUUUGCUGACGUGAGCUCAGUGCUUCCAAAACUACAAAACCCAACAGAGCUAAUGGCUUCUGAGGCUUUUCUCUCGCUCUGUGGACUUUGGUGAAGAGCAGUGAAGUGAAAAUAGCAAACGUUGCUUUUUCCGCCUAAUUCGGCCUCUGCUGCUUUUUAAACGCUGCCCAGAUACACCACAGAUGAGGGUGUAAUUAAAGGGUAGAGUUUGGUUAGGGGGUGAGCGUUGACUUUCCACUGCACAUUUUCCUCCCUUAAUGCCAAGUGUUAUCCCUGACGUGUGGGACAAGAGUGGCCUCAGUGGUCAACCUUUUCUGAGUUUCGGGUCACUCUGUCACUCUGUCACUUUGUCUGUCAUGAGUCUAUGGCCAUUAUGGGUUUCACUGUCAGUUUAUUCACAUAUCUGCCCCUCCCCUUAGCAUUUCACAUUGGCUGCCUUGUACAGUUACUGGCUCUUAUUGUUUAUACCCAAUUUGUAUUAUACACUGCACCAUGUUUUUACUAUGUCUUUAUCCUCUCAACUAGUAAGUAAAUGCAUUAUGUGUUGUAGGGGCACACUUAUUCUGUAUAAGGCAAUAAUUUUAUGGAAGUGUUUUUUAUUUUUGAUCAUUUCAUUUUUACUUUGUUUGUUUUAUAAAUUUAAUUCGCUUCUUGGUUGAAAUACACCCUAUGUGCUGGUUCUGUCUGCUUCACCGUUUUACCUUGUAACGAAGCCUUAAAACUGUUCCUUUUACUGCUGUCGCCAGAAUCUAGUCUUGGGAUUCUUGAGUCUGAAGGACCUUCUUUACUUGUGCCAGGGGUACAACAUUUUGUUCCGCUAUGUCAGUAUUUUAAUCAUCGUAAGGAGCUCAGUGUUUGCUGUCUGUGUCCUGCUGGAUUCAAAGUACACCUCCAGCGAUCUGGGAUCAGUUUUCCCAUCCCUGAUCCAAACCCCAAAGACUUUGUGUAAGAGUUAAAUACUGAACCAGGAUGGGUCUUGGGGUCAGAAUUGUUUUUUACGCCUGCUCAUGGUCCUGGAGGGCUACAGUCCCGUCUGGUUUCCAAACUCCUGAAAGCCUGAACCAGGGUUCAGUUUUUCAAAAAUUAUAAAUGGGCGUAUCUGAUGCGCUGUAUGAGUUAACUGCUAUUACUAAAAUAUAUAAUACUACUACUGUGUCCCCCACAUUAAGGAUCUGAGAGUCACAAUCUCAGAAUGCAUGUACCAUUAUUACUCUGCUCAUUACCAUGCUUAAUAUUUUCUUUUGUUUUUGCUAACUUAUUGGGCAAGUUUUUCAUAAGGUUUUAAAGAUGUAUAGAGUUUGAGUCUGGGACACAUGAUUUUAUGUAAGUCUGGUGAAAAGUUUCAGAAACUGAACUGUAGCACCGAACAAGACACUUGCAAGACCUCUUAUUAUAGAUUGUUCUACAAGAUCUAAUCCACAAUGUCUACGGCAAUAAGCUGCCGAAGCAAUUUCACUGUUGCCGUUUCAAUUUUAUCAAUAAUUGUAGCUAACUUGUAACAGGUGUUAUUGUGGCUGAAUUGUAUAUUCCAGGUGCAGGCCUCUGAAUCGGGUGGUGUGAUUUUAACAUAACAAUUUUAGUGAAAUUAAUUUUAAAUGCUUAGGUGUUGCGAAAGUUGUUGAAAGUGUAGCCCUUCAGGACAAGGAGGGAAGGACAUCAGAGAAAAGGUUUGGCUACAGCUGCAGAGAGAAAAACAGCGACCCAACAGGAAAGACGUAUUUUCUUUGAUUUGGUUUCAUAUAAUCGUCCAAUAUUUAGAAUAUUGUAUGUAUUGUUGGUCUGGAACUGCUCUUGAUAUAGCAACUCAAAUACUAACACAAUCUAGCGCUUAUGAUUCACGCCGUUGUAAUCUCAGAUGUGACGGAGCUUGAUUUUAUAACACCCUUUUAACUGUGCUGUCAUUGGCCUAUGGUGGUAGCAAUUUAGAUCACUCGAGUUGGUACCUAAGAAGUCUGUUCAUUUUGUAUUUCCAUCCUGUAAAUACAUCCUUAUUUAUUGAAGGAUUUCAGGAAUGUCAUCAGUAAACUCUAGGCUAUAAAG